AUGUUAAAAAUCGGAAACAAGAAACAACAGUACAGCCUGGUGUGUAGGGAGACAGAGUUCGAACCCCUACAGGUGUGCAAGACGGAGGGAUUAGGGGUGCUGCCUUGGAGCCCUCUCAAGGGAGGCCUGCUUUCUGGGAAGUACACACGAGACACUCCCCCGACAAGUGGGCGUCUUGGUUGGGCGAGAGGGGAUGACAAACGGACAAAUGAAUCCUCGCCAGACUGGAGCUCCAUAGAAGGGGAUGAUCAGAUCUGGAACAUCAUCGAUACUGUACGGGACAUCGCAAAAACGCGUGACAAAUCUGUGGCUCAGGUGUCGCUGCGCUGGCUGCUACAGAAAGAUGUUGUUCCAUCAGUGAUCAUUGGAGCCACAUCUCUGGAACAGCUGGAUGACAACUUGGGAGCUGCUAGUGGCUGGACCCUGUCUUCAGAGGAGAUGACACGACUGGACGAAGUGUCUCGACCCAGAGUACCGUAUCCAUAUGAAUUAAUUUGGAGACUCAACAAGUCUCGGCGCAAUCCCUUCCAGUCAUCGUACUUCGUCUCCAACACAGACUAAUCACAAGAAGCUGCCAAGCAUGUAUAGAGCGACCAGCUGGUCUUUACAUGGGACAUUGUGCCACAGAACAGGAUCUUAAAAUACCACCUGUACAGAGAUUCACAUUUAUAUUUAUAUUAAAUGUAUAUGGAUAAUUUAUCAGCUUAAGUCUAGUUACUGGGCAAUUUGAAAUGAUUUCAGACAGCUGUAAAAAUAGUUAAAAGCCCAAAUGAAAGUAAACGACGAACAUGCUGCCAAACAUUUAAAUGUAAGUACUGCCAUUGCCUUCAAAGUAUCCAGAUCUAAACCCCAUCCAACAUCUAUGGGAUGAUCUUGAUCCACGUGUGCCAUCACGUCAGCAACAGUCACGGAACCUCCAACAGUAGAGACAAGCACCGCAGGACGAGUGGGUGAACAUUCCUUAGGCCACACUUCGUAAUCAUUGGUUCCAAAGGGCGACGAUGCCAGGGAGGUCUGGACAUAUAAGAUAUUCAAAACAGAUGACCUUCAUCUUGACAUUCGAUUGUCCAUGGGUUUCUGGUCUGGUCUUGUCUGAUCCAGACUCGAUUUGUUUACAAACAACACCGUACAGCUGCUAUACUGGUGAAACCAAAAA